CUCGACACGCUGUCGCCUGGACGCGCAGGUUAUGUCAGGUACGCAACGAGCGCUACCGCUUCCCUGCGAAGUUUGUGUAUAGAACAAAUAGCCACACUUUGCGUAACGUGCAUUCGCCGAGCCUUUGUCGUCGGAAUAGGAAGAACGUAGUUCGCGUGCGACGACGGGACGUUAUAAUGUUAUCGCGACGCACUUUCCUGAUUUGAUAAGACGUUACCGUGGAAGAUGUGUGUGAACCGGUUGGUUGGACUUACUACUGUUCUUGAGUACAAAUAGCAGAAGAAAUUGCAAUGUGUUUCUGGUCGAUAAAUGACCACAGCUGCCAGAGGAUAUUUCCGUUCCUACCUUCUAAGACUGUCAAUGCAAUCAUGUAGAACUGGUAGAGGCAAAGAGGAGGAAGAUGACACCGCACUUCACUCCGGUACGGAAACGAUGUCUGAUCGUACUGUCGUUGGUUCUGGUGCCGUUCGCGAUCCUGAACUUGCUGGCGCCGUCGGACAUGAGGGAGGAGACCUUGCUGCAGAACAAUAUCGCCGAGCUGCAGGCCAAGCUGGAGCAUCUGCACGCCAAGUACAUCGGCAGCCAGGAGGAGAUCAACCUGCUGUCGCAUCAGCUGCUGCAGCUGAUCGAGAGUAACCACAUUCUGCCGGAUCUGCAACUGCUCAUCAACAAUGGCACCUCCAACAUUACCAGUAUCAAGCUGCCUUCGAUAUACAACUUCCUGCCGCACUUCCUCAACGACCCGAACAGUCUGCGCCCGGCGUUCGUGCAGAGCAAGGGUAAAUCGGGUGUGAGCAUGGUGCUGGGGGUGCCAACAGUGAAGCGCGAGGUUCAGUCUUAUCUAAUGGCAACCCUGAAGAACCUGCUGGACCGCAUGAACGCUGCAGAGAUAGCUGACACGUUGAUUAUAGUCCUAGUGGCUGAAACAGAUAUGGACUAUGUAACGUACGUUGCGAAGCAAAUUGAAGUUCAAUUUCCGAGUGAAUGCGAAGCUGGCGUAAUCGAUGUGAUAUCACCGUCAUCAUCCUACUAUCCGGAUUUAUCAAGAUUGCGCGAUACACUGGGCGAUGAUCAUCAACGCGUUGUUUGGCGUUCAAAGCAAAAUUUGGACUUUGCCUUCCUGAUGUCGUAUGCCCAGACGAAAGGUACGUUCUACGUGCAACUGGAGGACGACAUCUUGGCCAAGAAGAACUUCAUAACUACUAUGAAGUCCUUCGCGUUGCAGAAGAUCGGUACCAAGGAGAAUUGGUUUGUUCUUGAUUUCUGUCAGCUUGGUUUCAUUGGAAAACUAUUUAAGUGCGUGGAACUGCCAUGGCUGGUCCAAUUCUUUUUAAUGUUUCACAAUGACAAGCCCGUUGACUGGCUCUUGGAUCACUUAAUAUCUACCAAAGUCUGCAGUCUCGAUAAAGACAGCAAGCACUGCAAGAUAGCUAAAGCAGAGUUGUGGGUACAUUAUAAACCUUCUCUCUUUCAACAUAUAGGCACGCAUUCCUCGUUGAAAGGGAAAGUGCAAAAACUCAAGGACAAACAAUUCGGUAAAAUAACGCUGUUCUACGCUCACGAGAAUCCCGAGGCGACCGUGGAAACUCAGAUCAAGCCUUACAAGCAGUAUACGCUGCAAAAAGCGUACAAAGGCGAGUCGUUCUUCUGGGGCUUGUUGCCACAGCCGGGAGAUCACUUGAAAUUUAAAUUUUCGCAUCCUAUUUUUAUAAAGAAGUACUUAUUCAGGAGCGGAAAUGCCGAGCAUCCGUCUGACAGAUUCUACAACACGACGGUAGAAGUGUUGUCCGAUUUAUCGCUCUUGUUAGAUAGAAAUAGUAACGACGUGACGGAGGACGGCUACGUCAUUAUAGGUAAGUUUGAUGUACUUGGCGUUGCCGAAGGAACAGUGGAUCGAAGAUUGGGUAGGAUAUCGGUGCUUCGUUUGACUAUACACAGCGAGAGCGAAAACUGGGCCAUUCUGUCUGAGAUCCAUAUAAUAGAGGAUCAACCUAGCUGACUAAAGGAUGAAGAAUUUCGAGCGUUCUUUCGGUAUCACCUGCACGGUUAACGUAAGCCGAUGGUUUUAUAAAUGUUUAUUAUUUUUAUAUUCUUUCUUUUUUUUAACUCGUCACAUGUGCUAUCACGUAUCGAACGGACUGCGCCCAGUAUAGGAAUUAUUAGUUCAGUGCCGUCCAUUAUUCGAGAAGGUGGAUUUCUUUCGUUUCGACUUCCGGAUUAACACCGCGAUCUUAGUGGAUUGUUUCGUGAACGUUUCAGUUCACCCCCUCCCCUCUCCCCCGUCCUUCAGAGAAAAGAACAAAUCUACAAGGAACGCGGUAAAUCGAGUUCUCAUCAGGCGGACGCCUGAUCGAAUGUUAACCUAACCUACCUGUCGAAUGUUUGAAAUUAUUGACGAGCGUAAAGCAAACUGAGUAUUUUUUAUCAAUCGAUAAAGUAUUUUAUAUCGAGCGUUUUUUCCCUUAGUUUAUAUACGGUGCUCGCUGAAGCGCAACAUGUUGAUAUCUCGCGUCUAAACACUCAUGUUGCGGCGAGCAUUCGAUUUAAUGAGUGUAUAUAACAGCACAUUAUUAAAUUUCGAGAUAUUUAG